AGUCCGGCCCAAUAUGACGGGCCGAAAGCAUAUAGCCCAAUAUGAUGAUUACAUCUCCUACUGUCGCCUUUCGACAUUCUCUCUCACUCAUCGUUCUCCGACGUCCCACUCAAACGGGAAGGGUGAGAAGCGAGAUGGCGGUUGGCUUCGACGGCAGAGCUAUGGGCCGCAUCCUAGCGGCACUCGCCGCGGCCUUCUUCUUCCGGGUCAUAUCCGGCGUCGGUCCGGCACUCCCGCCGGCGGUGGACGCAGACGAGGACAAGGAAGAACAGAGGGAUUCCGCAGGAGACGAGGACGCGUCGGGUUCGGGUUCGGUCGUUCCUGUUACCAUCCGGUGGCGCUCUGUCACCUGCACGCUGUCCGAUAAGCGAGGCGCAAGGACAAGGUUUCUGCUGACGAAUUUAAGCGGAGUGGCGAAACCUGGAAGAUUGCUUGCAAUCAUGGGGCCAUCUGGGUCAGGGAAGACUACUCUGCUUAGUGUUUUAGCGGGGCAGCUCCUUGCUUCUCCUCGGUUGCACCUUUCCGGGCACUUGGAUAUCAAUGGAUUGCCGAUACCAAGUGGCGGAUACAAGUUUGCAUAUUUGAGGCAGGAGGAUUUGUUCUUCUCCCAGCUUACUGUAAGAGAAACAAUAUCACUUGCUGCUGAACUUCAACUUCCUCGGACAUUGUCAGCAGAAAAGAAGAAUAAGUAUGUCAGCAGUCUCUUGUUCCGACUGGGACUGGUAAAUUGUGCUGAUUCCAUUGUCGGUGAUUCAAAAGUCCGUGGAAUUAGUGGUGGAGAAAAGAAGCGCCUUGCACUAGCUUGUGAACUGAUUGCUAGUCCAUCUGUUGUAUUUGCGGAUGAACCAACAACAGGACUAGAUGCUUUUCAGGCAGAAAAGGUUAUGGAAACACUUCGGCAACUUGCUGAGGAUGGUCAUACUGUUAUCUGCUCAAUACACCAACCAAGAGGCUCAGUAUAUAGCAAGUUUGAUGACAUCGUGUUGUUGUCAGAAGGAGCUCUUGUGUAUAUGGGCCCUGCUAAAGAUGAAACAUUGACAUACUUUGCUAAAUUAGGGUAUGAGUGCCCUGAUCAUGAAAACCCUGCGGAAUUUUUGGCUGAUCUUAUUUCAAUUGAUUAUAGUUCAGCUGAAAGUGUACAUACCUCACAAAAAAGAAUUGAUGAUCUGGUUGAAGCAUUUUCAAAUAGCAGUUUAAUGGUUCAGUGUUCUUCUCCAGUUAUGCUAUUGGAGAGUUCUAAGGUUUCAGCAAAGCUUGGCAAAAAAACCAUGUCUAAAAGGAGAGGUGGUUGGUGGCCCCAGUUUAGAUUGCUCCUUAAACGAGCAUGGAUGCAGGCUUCUCGUGAUGGUCCAACAAACAAAGUUAGAGCAAGAAUGUCUAUUGCAUCAGCUAUCAUAUUUGGUUCUGUAUUUUGGCGAAUGGGAAGAACUCAAACAUCAAUACAAGAUAGAAUGGGACUUCUUCAAGUGGCUGCAAUUAACACAGCUAUGGCAGCUCUCACAAAAACAGUAGGUGUGUUUCCAAAAGAACGAGCCAUAGUAGAUCGAGAGCGAGCCAAAGGUUCCUAUGAUUUGGGCCCUUACCUUUUAUCCAAAUUGCUGGCAGAAGUCCCAAUAGGAGCAGCAUUUCCCUUGAUUUUUGGAUCGAUAUUAUAUCCAAUGGCUCGUCUUCAUCCUACACUGUCUAGGUUUGCAAAGUUUUGCGGCAUCGUGACUAUGGAAUCAUUUGCUGCUUCAGCAAUGGGUCUCACUGUAGGGGCUAUGGUUCCUUCAACUGAAGCGGCAAUGGCCGUAGGACCAUCUCUUAUGACUGUGUUCAUCGUUUUUGGUGGCUAUUAUGUUAAUGCUGAGAACACACCUCUAGUCUUCCGCUGGAUCCCCCGAGCCUCUCUAAUCAGAUGGGCUUUUCAGGGGCUUUGCAUCAAUGAGUUCAAAGGCCUUCAGUUUGAGCAACAACACUCAUAUGAUAUCCAAACUGGAGAACAGGCUUUGGAAAGAUUUUCAUUUGGAGGCAGUCGAAUCCGGGACACUGUUGCCGCCCAGGGCAGGAUACUGAUGUUCUGGUAUUGGACCACAUACAUUCUUCUGAAAAAGAACAGACCCAAGUAUCAGCAGCUCCUGUCGCCAUCCUCACCGGAUCAUCAGCAACCAGAAACUUAAUUAGUGUAGCAAGAAACGAGAGAUGAACUUCGAUGAACACAAAAUAACAUGAGGUGAGUCACUGUCAGGUAGACGCCAGUUAAAACCCUAAUCAAAAAGCAGCUCUUUGUUUAUCUACUUGUCUGGUUUGUUGUUGCUUGUUAACAGAAUGAAGCUUUUCUACAUCAUCCAGCCUCCAACCAUGUUGAUGCAAUACUUCUAUUGCCCGUCUUUCCAUAUAUUUUGGCUCCAUCAGUAAAUCGAUGUUGGGUUUGCGCAUUCUUGUUUAACUUUAUGCAUGUUUGAUUAUCACUAACGGAUUGAUAAUAUCAUUCUAUAUAUAAUUAGGGAUGUAAUCGAGUCGAGUCGAGCUGAACUCUUAAAUGUUUGAGUUUGUCUCGUUUAUAAUCGAGCCGAGCUCAAGGUUUAUUUAACGAAUA